CAGCUAAUUUUUGUAUUUUUAGUAGAGACGGGGUUUCAUCAUGUUGGCCAGGCUGGUCUCGAACUCUUGACCUCAAGUGAUCCACCCACCUUGGCCUCUCGAAGUGCUGGGAUUACAGGCGUGAGCCACCACACUCUGCCCCCAAAAGUUCUUAAUUUUAAUGAAGUCCAAUUUAUUUUUGUUUUGUUGCCUAUGCUUUUGGUGUCAUAUCCAAGAAAUCCUUGCCACAUCCAAUGCCAAGAAGUCCCCCUUAUAUUUUCUUCUAAGAGUUUUGUAGUUUUAGCUUUUAUGUUUAGGUCUUUAAUCCAUUUUGGAGUUAAUUUUUUAAUAUACUUUCGAUAAAGAUUCAACUUCAUUAUUUUGCAUGUGGACAUCCAGUUUUCUAAGUCUUCUUUAAAAGACUUGCCUUUCCCUCAUUGAAUGGUCUUGGUACCCUUGUCUAAAAUCAUUUGACCAUAUGUGUAAGACUUUAUUUCUGGGCUAUUCUAUUCCAUUAGUCUAAAUGUCUGUCUUUAUACUAAUACCACACUAUUUUAAUUAUUGUAGAUUUGUGGUUACAUAUUAAAAUCAGAAACUGUAAGACUUCCAAUUUUGUUCUUUUUCAAGAUUGUUUUGACUAUUUGGGGUCCUUUGAGAUUCCAUAUAAAUUUUAGGAUGGAUUUUUCUGUUUCUAUAAAAAUAUUAUGAUUUGCAUUUCAAUAGGGAUUGCAUUGAAUCUGUAGAUUGCUUCAGGCAACAUUGACACCUUAGCAAUAUCAAGUCUUCUACUCCAUGAAUAUAGGAUGUCUUUCCAUUUAUUUGUGUCUUCUUUCACUUUGUUUGGCAAUACUUGUGAUUUUCAGUGUACAAGUCUUUUGCUUCCUUGGUUAAGUUUAUUGCUAAGGGCGAGGCGCAGUGGCUCACACCUGUAAUCCCAGCACUUUGGGAGGCUGAGGCGGGCGGAUCAUGAUGUCAAGAGAUCAAGACCAUCUGGCCAACAUGGUGAAACCCCAUCUCUACUAAAAAUACAAAAAUUAGCCGGGCAUGGUGGCAGGCACCUGUAGUCCCAGCUACUCGGGAGGCUGAGGCAGGAGAAUCACUUGAACCUGGGAGGCAGAGGUUGCAGUGAGCCAAGAUCAUGCCACUGCACUCCAGCCUGGGUGAUAGAGCAAGACUCUAUCUCAAAAAAAAGGUUUAUUGGUAAGAAUUUUAUUCUUUUUAUUCUUUUUCAUUGCUUUUAUAAAUGAAAUUGUUUUCUUAAUUUCCUUUUUGGAUUUUUCAUUAUUAGUGUAUAGAAACAACUAAUUUCUAUGUGUUAAUUUUGUAUCCUGCAACUUUGCUGACUUUAUUAAUUCUAAUAAGUGUGUGUGUGUGUGUGUAUGUGUGUGUAAUCCAUCUUGGUUUUGUUUUUAUUUUUACCUGGAGACUCAGGCAGGGACAGGUUUUCUUGUCAUCUUCCAAAGCCCGUGAGUAGGCUUUUUCUAGGUCCCUAUUCAUUGAGGAAGCAGGCUUCAAGGAUACCAGCUGUCCUCAAGAGUACUGGUUCCAGCUUCCUGCUUCAUGAACCGGUCAUGGCCCCUGCAAGGUCAAGGUCAUUAUAAUGCCAGCACCUGGCUGCUAAGCCUAUUUCCCUUCCAAUACCUUCCCCUCAGAGCUCCUGGUGCAUCAGCUCAUUCAACCUUCUGCUUUUCUGCUCUCUCUUGAUUUAAGAAACAGACACAUUAUAUUUCUACAUAGUUAGAGCACAGGGGUCCCAGCAUCCCACUUCCAAAUGAGCAUGUCAAGCACAUGCAUUCAGAGAGGAUACCUGGAAGCCAAAAUUUUGCCAUAGUGAAAGGCCUUAUUCCUGAAUACAGCUAGAGUGGGGAAGACCUUGGCCCCUCCCCCCACAGGCAAGAGUGUUGCCUCCACACGGGGCUGGUAGACUGCUAAGGCCCAGGCCACAUGAGUGGGUUGUCUACUGUUACUGAGGGCCUACUAUGUGCCAGAUACCAUACUAGGUGCUUUACAUACAUUAUAUGUUGUUGAAUCUUCCCUCUAGUCCUGUGAGGUGGGUACUAUCAUUGUCACUGAUGCACUUGAGAAAGCCGCCAAAACACAGAUAGCAAGGGGCAGAACCAGGAUUCUGAUUUAGGUUGGCUCAGCCUUUUAUCAAAUACAUCUGGUCUUCCUCUGUCCUUUCAAAAGCCUAUAGCUUCCUCAUCUUGCCCACUCCUCUGCGGGUAGGGUCUGUGGUUUCCUUUCUCUUAUCUAUCCUCAACACACAGUGGGUGUGACCUGGGUGCAGCCAGUCACAGCUCUGCAGAGGUUACUGUGAUUUUGCCCCUGAAGGAUCUGUCCACAACUUAGGAACUCACACAGCUUUUGGCCUGAGCCCCCGUUACCGAGAGAAAGGAGGUUUUUGCCAAGGACUCCAAGGGGAGUGCACUUGAUGCUGGUCGGGACCCAAAGCACCCAGCCCUCCCUAAGACAUUGUGUGAGUCGGGCUGGGCCUCAGACACGGCCCCCACUGCCCCACCCCAGCCAGGGUGGUGCUUGUGUGGGAAGGACUUUAAAUCCAGCUGCCAGACCCCUGGACGGGAGAAGGAGAGACGGCUGGCCACCAUGCACGGCUCCUGCAGUUUCCUGAUGCUUCUGCUGCCACUGCUGCUACUGCUGGUGGCCACCACAGGCCCCGCUGGAGCCCUCACAGAUGAGGAGAAACGUUUGAUGGUGGAGCUGCACAACCUCUACCGGGCCCAGGUAUCCCCGCCGGCCUCAGACAUGCUGCACAUGAGAUGGGACGAGGAGCUGGCCGCCUUCGCCAAGGCCUACGCACGGCAGUGCGUGUGGGGCCACAACAAGGAGCGCGGGCGCCGCGGCGAGAAUCUGUUCGCCAUCACCGACGAGGGCAUGGACGUGCCGCUGGCCAUGGAGGAGUGGCACCACGAGCGUGAGCACUACAACCUCAGCGCCGCCACCUGCAGCCCAGGCCAGAUGUGCGGCCACUACACGCAGGUGGUAUGGGCCAAGACAGAGAGGAUCGGCUGCGGUUCCCACUUCUGUGAGAAGCUCCAGGGUGUUGAGGAGACCAACAUCGAAUUACUGGUGUGCAACUAUGAGCCUCCGGGGAACGUGAAGGGGAAACGGCCCUACCAGGAGGGGACUCCGUGCUCCCAAUGUCCCUCUGGCUACCACUGCAAGAACUCCCUCUGUGAACCCAUCGGAAGCCCGGAAGAUGCUCAGGAUUUGCCUUACCUGGUGACUGAGGCCCUAUCCUUCCGGGCGACUGAAGCAUCAGACUCUAGGAAAAUGGGUACUCCUUCUUCCCUAGCAACGGGGAUUCCGGCUUUCUUGGUAACAGAGGUCUCAGGCUCCCUGGCAACCAAGGCUCUGCCUGCUGUGGAAACCCAGGCCCCAACUUCCUUAGCAACGAAAGACCCGCCCUCCAUGGCAACAGAGGCUCCACCUUGCGUAACAACUGAGGUCCCUUCCAUUUUGGCAGCUCACAGCCUGCCCUCCUUGGAUGAGGAGCCAGUUACCUUCCCCAAAUCGACCCAUGUUCCUAUCCCAAAAUCAGCAGACAAAGUGACAGACAAAACAAAAGUGCCCUCUAGGAGCCCAGAGAACUCUCUGGACCCCAAGAUGUCCCUGACAGGGGCAAGGGAGCUCCUACCCCAUGCCCAGGAGGAGGCUGAGGCUGAGGCUGAGUUGCCUCCUUCCAGUGAGGUCUUGGCCUCAGUUUUUCCAGCCCAGGACAAGCCAGGUGAGCUGCAGGCCACACUGGACCACACGGGGCACACCUCCUCCAAGUCCCUGCCCAAUUUCCCCAAUACCUCUGCCACCGCUAAUGCCACGGGUGGGCGUGCCCUGGCUCUGCAGUCGUCCUUGCCAGGUGCAGAGGGCCCUGACAAGCCUAGCGUCGUGUCAGGGCUGAACUCGGGCCCUGGUCAUGUGUGGGGCCCUCUCCUGGGACUACUGCUCCUGCCUCCUCUGGUGUUGGCUGGAAUCUUCUGAAGGGGAUACCACUCAAAGGGUGAAGAGGUCAGCUGUCCUCCUGUCAUCUUUCCCACCCUGUCCCCAGCCCCUAAACAAGAUACUUCUUGGUUAAGGCCCUCCGGAAGGGAAAGGCUACGGAGCAUGUGCCUCAUCACACCAUCCAUCCUGGAGGCACAAGGCCUGGCUGGCUGCGAGCUCAGGGGGCCGCCUGAGGACUGCACACCGGGCCCACACCUCUCCUGCCCCUCCCUCCUGAGUCCUGGGGGUGGGAGGAUUUGAGGGAGCUCACUGCCUACCUGGCCUGGGGCCGUCUGCCCACACAGCAUGUGCGCUCUCCCUGAGUGCCUGUGUAGCUGGGGACGGGGAUUCCUAGGGGCAGAUGAAGGACAAGCCCCACUGGAGUGGGGUUCUUUGAGUGGGGGAGGCAGGGACGAGGGAAGGAAAGCAACUCCUGACUCUCCAAUAAAAACCUGUCCAACCGGUG